GAUUUCUCCAUUGGUAGCACCGUCAGUAUUACUUGGUCGUCGUCUUCCUCUUCCCUGACGCGUUCUUCCUCUGUCACGUUACAAAUACAGCACAGCGCCGUCCAUUAGCUAUGGUCCCUUGCUCCUUUUGUGCACUUCAUUUCACACUACUCUGCUGUACUCUUGAUCCAGAGAACAUCUGACUCAGCUUUUUCUUUCCUGCGCAUCGCAAGCGUAGGAAAAUGGUGGAGCUCUCCUUUGUCUCUAAAGCGAAGUCGGCCUUCCAUUCAGCGGCUGCGAAAGCGGAGCGGGUUCUUGUGGACUUGAAAUCCGAGCGAGGUCCUGACAAAGAAUCGCCGGACAGAUGGACUAGCAAUCCUGAAGAUGAAUCUCAUCAGAACGAGGGCGAUUCAAAGCUUCACAGUGAAUUGAGGAAUAUGAAAUGGAGGCCUGCAUAUAGAGGAAUAAAGCAGGAUUGGCAAGAUAGGAUUAAGAACAUCAGAAUAAGGAGAAAAGAAGUUGAAGAGACGGAUGAACUCAGGGAUAUAACCAUGGCUGUUCCAUUUUAUGAGGAAAAUUUGUACACCGUCAACAAGAAAUAUGAUCUUGAGGCCAAGGUUUCAGAAGCAGUUCCCACGGUUGAAAUCUUAACUGCUGCAACUAUAGAUCCAACUUGUCCAUCAUCUGUAAUUAAAGAUUCCGUUCCCCCAUCAUCUGUGCUGAGGCAAUUGGCUAUGGCUGUUGAGGCUGGAAGGAAAACAAAGUCGAUGGAAGAUUUUACAGCUUCAACAGGAGGUUCUUCACCUGUUCAUGAUAGGGCAGGUUUAAGGCUCUCUGCAGUGAAGGCAUUAGUUUUGCGUGAAAAGGAGGACAAGCUUAACUUUAAUGAUGAUGAGAAAGUUCUGUAUUUGAUUAAUUCUCUGUUUGAUCCAGAGGGGGAAUUUUUCAAAAAGAAGAUUAACUAUGGUUCAGAGGAAACUGACUUAUCAUCAUUUCCAAGAGAUAUUCAUGGUGCUCCUCCUGAAAGCCUUGUUGCCAAGCUUGCCGAAGUCAUUGGAAACUUCAAGAACCUUCGAGAAAUGGCUCUUUUUUGGUGCAGAGUUGUUGUUGAACUGAGAAAACUUUGGUCUGAGGAGCAAUAUUUACCCAGAAUCCCCUUGGAUGAGAUUCCAGAUUUGAAAUCAUGCCUCCUGUAUCAACAACUACAAGUAAUAAAUUGCUGUAUCUCCCGGAAAAGGCACCAUGUUGUUGCUGCUGAAUCUAUGGACUCUAUGUUGCUAAAAGCCAGGUCAAAUAUUGAUGAGUUAGUUGAUUAUAGUGACUGCAACAUUGCUUCAAGUCCAGUCAAGUAUGCUAGAUUGAGUACUGGCGAGUUUGUUGUUCGACUUGGUGCUGACUGUCCUGCUGGAGAUCUGAUGUUGUUGGAAACUGGCGAGCCUGUUUAUUCUCCUGUUACCCAGGAAGGACCCCUGCUUACGGAAGAUCUGAUUGAAGAAACGGAGGAGUUUGUGCUGCAGACAAGAAGUGUUGGUGCUGCAUGCUCUCAACUCCUCUCUGAUAUGCAGGCUUUCAAGGCUGCAAAUCCAGGCUGUAUUAUGGAAGACUUUGUGAGAUGGCAUUCUCCUCCUGAUUGGAAAGAAAGGGAGACAAGUGCGGAGGCCCAGGAAUCUCUAGACGGUAGUGGUUCAUUGUCCAACAGAGGUUCUCUAAGUCUGCGGAUGCAAAAAGAAGGUAAUUUGUGGCGUGAAUUGUGGGAAGCAGCUAAGCCAGUGCCAGCUGUUAAACAGGCACCUCUAUUU